GUGUAGUAUCUAGACUAUAAGUAUAAUAAUCUAGAUCUAGAUUAGAUAAAAUCAUAACUGGAUUCUAUUAUGAUUAUCUAUUGGAUAUAGAUCUAGAUUAUCUAGACUAGAUCUAGAACUAAUAGAUUUAAAUAGUCUAGACUAUUUAAAUUUAGAAUUUAACUUAGAUUUUAGAUCUAGAUUCUAGAUCUAGAUUAUUACUUUAAUUAAAAGUACUUACUAAGUUACUACAGUAACUUUAGUCUUAGUAAUAAUAAUAUUAAGUUAAUAUAGAAUCUAGUUAAAGUAAAUAAAUAGAGUCUAUCUAGAUCAUCAAUCAUCUAAUUAACUAAAGUACUAAAGAUCGCAAUCAUUUACGAAUCAUUAUCAUGAUCUCCGAAUGGCCAGGUACUGGUACAGUAAUGAGCUGUUGGACAAAACCAUGACACCCAUACUGAAAGGCAGUAUAAAUCAUAUAAUAGACCCGAGUAAUUUUUGGAUUCAAAUUGGUACAGCUAAAAGUUUUGAUGAGUUUUCAAGGUAUUCAGAGAAGCUCAAUCAGAUGUACAACAAAAGUGGGGAUAGUUAUCAAAUUAGUGAGCAUUUUCUUAAAGAAGGUGAUAAAGUUAUUGUAGCUUCUUCUGAGAACCAUUGGAACAGAGCACAGAUAGCCAGAAUAAAUGAAGACACCCUUGAUGUCUUCUAUGUAGAUCUUGGGUUCACAGAAAUUGUAAGUGUAUCACAAGUUAGAUCAAUCUUACCAGUGCUGUAUAAUUACAUGUCACCACAAGUUAGAAGAAUGGGAUUAGCUGGCAUAAGACCUCUGUCACCUUCGUGGACCAGCAGAGCCUCUGAAUUUUUCACUGAUUUGGUUGUGGACCAGAUUCUUUUGGUGGCUUCUGUUGAUACUGAUCUGGUUUUGUUAUUUAUUUGCUCUGAUGAUGGAUCAUGGAUGUCUGUCACAGAAGAAAUGAUUGUUAAUGAGAUGGCUGUUUGUUCAGGACAUUCAUUUGAUUCCAGUUUAAGCAGAGAAUUUGUUCAGUAUUGGCAUAAAGAAGCUGAUCUUUUUUCUUCAGAAGAAUUGGAAACGAUGUCAACUUUUAUUCAACCUGAGUCUACCCAAGUGAACACUGUUGAAAUCACUAAUACCUUGACACCUACUAACCUAAAAGACGUUUUUGAGUUGGCUCACAACGGAUUGGAAAAAUCACCUAAAGCUGAGGCUGUACAGGAGAAUGAUUCCAAACAAAUAAGCAAUGCCAAGGCUGAAAUUUCGUCGACAAACUUGACGACAGAGUUUUUUGAAUGGGGACGAACAGAUCUCUAUGUUGGGGAUGUUGAUGUGUUUGAUGAUGUGCAUUAUGCCAUUAGACAGCAAAUUUUCAGCACAGAUCCACAAGAAAGUUUUGUCACAGAAGAGGAUGUCCUCCAGUACAAAAGACCUAAACCAGAAGUACAGAAACAACUGGAGAAACCAAAGGACAUAAUAAAGGUUGAAGACAACAAAAGUACACAUUUAAAUGAAGAAAGAGCUUAUGAACUAGAAAAGGAAAUCUUAGAUAUUCUUCAAAUCAAGGAUGAGGAAAGAUACAUCUGUGAGUUAGUCCACUCUAUUGUUGAACCAGAUACAGAUGUUCCCAGUGACUACUUGCAAGUUGUUAUUACAUCAGUAAUAGAAUCUCUGAUACAGAAUGUUGAAACCCAACUGGCCUUUGCUGUAUUAGAUACCUAUGUUGUUUCAGAACUUUUCCCAAAAGUUUUAAUCCAAGUUUUGAAAACUUUAAAAGAGCGCUAUGUUAAGUUGCCUCAGUCUGUGCGCCUUAAGGGUCAUCAUCAAGAAUUUGUUCAAGCUUUGUCUGAGGUGUUUAAUCAUUCAAUCAGUUGGUGUCCCAGUAUGUUGAAGCCAGUGCAAGAUUAUGUUGUGAAGGUCUUGAAGCUUUGGACUGUGUUUAAUACACAGAGGCAACAAGACACAGAGUCCAGUUUGAAUGUGGAACUGAUGUACCUUGAAUGUGUCCACACUUUCUUAAUGAACUCUUCAGCUGUGUUAAGUCAGUACUACCCAGACAUUUUCAACAGUCUCAUACUGGAGAUGAAAGAGAAGAUGCUGCAUGAUUUGACUCCAAGAAAUGUAAGGAGCUUUUUGUUAAGCAUGAUUUUAACUGUCAACAAGCACAGAGCUCCACUGAAAGAGGUUGCUAUACAGACUGAUGAAACUGUUGGAACACAAGAUUUUCCACAAGCAGAGAAGUUCACUUCAGAAGUUCCAGCCAGUUAUUCUUGUGAUGGUCUCAACUCUUUGUUUGAUGACAAAUGCAGUAACUUGUCUAACUCCUUUUUGAACAAUGACAAGAAUGUAGUCUUAGACUGUGCUCCUCCUGUCGGCAAUCAUUCCCCUCUUAAGGAUUUAGUAGAAUUUGUUAACAUUUAUGAAGAUGAUACUUUACAAUCACUUCAGUCAGUCUGCUCAGACAUUUCUUCAGCCAGAGAGAAUGAGCUGGGUCUGAAAAAAUCAGACUCUUGGGAAGAUUGCACAGACUCAGAUUCAUUAGAAGGUGGCAGUGUUCCUCAGGAGUGUGUGCCAAAGUCACAGAAAAUAACAAAGUACACACCAGCAGAGCUGAAAGCUUUGAAACCAACUGCAAAAGAACAAACAAAAUCUGAUUCAAAAAGAGUGGGUCUGGCCUCCAAUAAUAGUUACCAAAAUAAAUUAAAUGCAGUUAAAAAAGAUCAAAUAAUUUUUUCUUUGGAUGAAUUAGGAAUAGCUGUCAAUGACACUUACCAAAACAUGUGCACAAAAGAACGAAAUGCAACUAGAACUGGACAAUUUCUGUCUGACUCUGAUGAAGUUGGACUAGCUACCAGAAAAAAUUAUGAUUGGCGCCAAAAAGAACUGAAUAGAACAGAAAAAGCUCUUUCUAACUCAAACGAUGUUGGACUAACUAACCAAUUCCAAAAUGAAUCAAACAGAAAUGGAAAAAUAGUAUCUAACACAGAUGAAGUUGGACUAGCUAGCAGAAAAAGUUAUGACUGGCAACAAAAUGAACUGAAUAGAACAGAAAAAGUUCUUUCUAACUCAAAUGAAAUUGGACAAAGUACCCACAAGAAUUAUGACCAAUUUCAAAAUGAAUCAAAUAGAACAUCUAACACUGAUGAAGUUGGACUAGCUACCAGAAAAAGUUAUGACUGGCGGCAAAAUGAAUUGAAUAGAAAAGAAAAAGUUCUUUCUGAUUCUGAUGAAUUAGGACUAACUACAAGAAAAAGUUAUGACUGGCGGCAAAAUGAAUUAACUAGAACAGAAAAAGUUAACUCAGACGAAGUAAAACAAAUUACCAACAAGAAUUUUGACUUCUGCCAAAAUGAAUUAAAUAGAAAAGCAAAAAUAGUUUCUAACACAGAUGAAAUUGGACAAACCACUAGAAAAAGUUAUGACUGGAGGCUUAAUGAAUUACACAGAACAGAAAAAGUUCAUUCAGACUCUGAUAAAACAGGACAAACUACUAACAAAAAUUAUGACAACCGCCUAAAGGAAUCUUAUAAAACUAGAGGGGAAAAUUUUCGUUCUAACUCAGAUAAAAUGGGACUGGCUUCUGUUAGCCGUUUUCAGAAUAGAUUAAAUGUGAAGUACAUGAAAGAAUCUCACCAGGAUCUUGACAAUGAUGACAAGUUUUUAGAACAACCUGACAAAAGUGAAACCAUUGUUCCCACAAUAGGUGUUAAAAAAAACCUUUCUAAACUUAACUUGUGUGAUAUAGCAGAAGAUUUUCUAAAGAGUGAGCCUGAUGUUGAAGCCAUGAAUGCUUCUUCAUCUGAAUCACUAUCUGAGAAACACAUGUCACAAGGGAGAAUUGGAGGUGCUGGAAAGAAAAAGAAGCCCAAAUUUCAACCUCUUCGUGGCUAUCUAGAAGAUCAGAUUCGGGAUCAAAACGUUGAAGAGCAUUUUGAGGAUCAGAGUCAUGAGAAGAAUAUAGGAGAUAUAGAUGAUGUGCUAAGCCCAGAAGCAGUGAGACUCUAUGAAGAGCUUGAAAAUGAGAAAAGGUUGAGAGAAGAAGGCAAUGUCAUCCAUCCAUCCAAACUUGGGGCUGUUGCAGCUAGCAGUGGCAAAAGGAGGAGUUUGUUCCCUCAGGUAGCCCAAGCACCAGCCAAAUCUCAUAAUCUGUGGUACCCCAAAGUGUGGCGGUGCUCACGGUGCCAUAGUGGAGACCAUAAUGUCUAUGACUGUCCUGAAAAAGACAGCUUUGACAAUAAAUUCAUGCUGAUCUAAUUUUUUUUUUUCUAUUGAACUCAUUCCGUAUUCCACCAUCAGUAUUAUUAUAGUCCGAAGUCAUUUGCUCUUGUUUAUAACUUGUUCUUACUUCCAUUAUGUAUUUCAAGCCUCAUAUCAUUUGUUUCAAUACAUGAUUGCAUGUAGAGCUUGUCAUAGUAAUGUGCUUGCUAAAUGUUGUCUGUGAUAUGCAUGGCAUCAACAUUUAAGUCUUGUGGCAUUCACUAAGUCAUUGCUCUAGAGUUAUCCUGGGUGCUACUUAGAUCUAUAGUUCUUGUAGGAAACAAACUUUUUUUUUUGUCUGAAGAAAUAAUCUUUUUUUAUAAUGUCUAUUUUGGGGUGGUGAGACUUGUAGUGUUUGUCUUGUAGACAUAGUCAGCUUUAGGGCAGAGAAUAGCUGUGUUUGUUAUGUUUUUGUCAACAACGUAUAUACAUAUAAGUCUACUUACCUUGAACACCUUAAAAUAUAUAUACUUACUAGAUUGCAGCUUAGGGUUUUCCACUCAGCUUUUAUUUACAAUCAAUAGGAUGUAAUAAUCUGGUUGCCAAAUUAUGAGAACCUGAAAUCUUAUCUUGUAGAAUACAGACAUUAAUUCUAAAAAAAAAGAUUUAAAUUUAUAUUGAAAUUGUGCAAUGUUCUUGGUUUUCACUCUUAAAAAUAUUCAUGCCUUCAUGUUUUCUGAGAAAUUCAUUAGAUUCAGGUUCAUUUAUGUUAACAUAUGUUUUAUGGAUAAUUAUCAUUGUUAAUUUUAAAUCUUUUGUCAUGAAAAAGUUUCUAAAUUUUGUGAUUUAAAUUAUCAUGUUGUUUUUUAAUUUUUAGUUGUGAAUGUUUACUUAUUGAUAUAUCCUACAGCUUUUUCUUCUGUUUUUUUUUUGUUCUGAAAAUAUUUAUAUUGAAAUAAAUGUUUUAAAAAAUGGUUUGACCAGUCAAGGUGAAAGAGUUGUAUUUUGAAGCUAUUGUAAGACAUCCUUCAAGGUAUAGUGGAGGGAACUGGCUGGACAAUGGACAACAUGAAAGAAUGGAUGGGCCCCUCUCUUGAUAUUCUGCUUAGCAGAGCUGCUGACCGGAAAGAGUGGAGGGAUUUGGUGAAGUUAAUGAAAGUCAAGGGAUAGAAAGUCAAGGGAAAGUCAAGGGAUAGAGGAAAACAAUGUAGGCUAGGGAAGUGUUUUUCCAAUCUUUUUACAUCCAGCUUCACUGCAUUGGCUCAAUUUGUUUCAAAGUUGGCACUAAGUCAGUUACCCAACAAUUUUUUGUUUUUCACUCGUAAAAAACAACAAAGUAAUAGUGAUUUCUAAGGAAAUGAUGAAGAACCAGACUUGAUUUUCAUACUAUUUAUUUCUCAACUUGACUGCAUCACCGGCAUUUUAUAUUGUCUUUUUGUAUAUAGAAGACCAGAAUUUACUGACACGUAUUGCGCAACAAGAAAAGAGAAAUGAUACAGUUAAGAAGCAAAAAGAAUGCAUUUACACAUUUCAAUGAACAUUUUCAAUAUUUUGGUCUCUUGAAAUAUGAAAUAAAUAUUUAAUUCAUUCUAAACAGAUGAAACCAAUUCAUAACACCCCCUCUCCCCCCCCCCC